AUGGCUUCAGCCCUUAACAACUUGGUUAAAUCUAAUAAGAAGCCUGAUAUGAUAAUAUUUCGUGGUGACGAACCUAUCAAUGAGUAUAAUAACCCUGAUCUAAUGAUGGGUAUGUUCCCUACUCUUUUUCCGCUUGGGAUCGGCGGGUUUGAAGACCCUGAACGGCCAACAUAUUUGUCUUUUCACUCUCAGUGUAAUUAUUACUUGGAUACUGUAUGUAGAGAUUUUAGACAUCACAACGCAUUCAUCUUCGUGGCCAUGAAUAUGAUUCAGCAUAGACAGGCUCAUCUUUUCACUCAUUUCGCUGUGAAAUCAGAUAGAUUCGAUCAUGUAGCGGAUGAUAUCACAUCGAUUAAACCUGAUACGAUAAGAGCGGUUGCUAAUCAUUUGGAGCACGAGGGCCAUAUGCAAGAUCUUUCGUCAGAGCACCAGAAGGUGUUUACACUCCUUGAUCAGGUAAAAGCCAUAGCUGGUAAGAUCACAGGUUCUGAGGCGUCUAAGGUACUUUAUCGAAAUGAGAUGAGGGCGUACACAGGCCAUUUUGGACUGUUUCACCUUUUUUUCACUGCAAACCCUGCUCCUGCGCAUAGUCCCAUAUUUCAGUUUAUGUGGGGUGACAAGACUGUUAAUUUGGAUGAACGAUAUCCUCAGAUUGCAGAAUAUGCUCAGCGAGGAUUGCGUCUUGCCCAAGAUCUGGUGGCUGGAAUGGACUUCUUUGAUUUCGUGGUGCGAUGUCUAUUCCAAUAUAUGUUUGGGUGGGAUUUUGACAUGCGCAUGUCCACAGAAGCAGGAGGCAUCCUGGGUCACCUGGAAGUGUUUUACGGUACGGACGAGCUGACCGGUCGUGGAGCAUAUCAUGGACAUUUCUUGCUGAUAUUAAAAGGAUGUAUGAAUCCUACUGAACUGCAUAGAAAGUUGGAGGAGUCUAGGGAUUUCCAGGACCGGUUUUUUGCUUUUCUCGACGAUAUCAUUGUACACGAUCUACCGGAUGGAAUUCCCUUCGAUCACGAUGGUAAUCCUAGAACUGAAAGGCCUCCUGUUGUACCUAGUGAGGAUGCGACUGCCGAAGAAUGGGACAUUUUUUGA